AUGCGCCGUCCGUGUUUACUCCCCGUUGCCUGCUGGCUGUCCUUGCUCUCUGAGCUCGCUCCGGCCUCGGCCUUCCCCAUCUCGUACCAGGGGGUCCUCUCCAACCAGUCUGGGUCCGGUGGCAGCAGAGGCGCUGUCGCGAGUGAAAGCUCGAUAUGCUCCAAAAUCGGGAUAGACACUCUUGCGAUGGGCGGGUCGGCCGCCGAUGCCAUGGUGGCGACCACGCUUUGCGUGGGGACCGUGGGCAUGUACCAUUCCGGCAUUGGCGGCGGGGGCUUCAUGCUCGUUCGUGACAGGCAUGGGAGGUACGAGGCCAUAGACUACAGGGAGACCGCCCCGGCUGCCGCAAGCAAGGACAUGUACGAGCACGACCAGAGAGCCAGUAUGGUUGGCGGCCUGGCUGUUGCCGUCCCGGGUGAGCUCCGUGGAUUGGAGUAUGUCCACCGAAAAUAUGGCGUGCUGCCUUGGAAAACGCUUGUCAUGCCUGCUGUCCGCAUUGCCCGGGACGGCUUCCGGGGUGGGUAUCACUCAAAUGCCCCAGUCACCGAGGAUCUUGUCCGCUACAUGAAAGCUGCCAGUCAGAACAAUACUUUCUUAGUCGACGAUCCUAUCUGGGCGCAAGACUUCGCCCCUAAUGGCACGCUUCUCCAGCUCGGCGAUACUAUCACUCGAAAACGCUAUGCGGACUCCCUUGAGAAGAUUGCCAACCACGGAGUUGAUGUGUUCUACGAAGGAGAUCUCGCCAAGUCCAUGAUCGACUUUAUUCAGAAGAUGAAUGGCACCAUGACUCUCGACGACCUCAGGAACUAUGCGGUGGAAGUGACGCCGCCCCUGACCAUCACCUACGGCGAUUACCGGUUAUUUACAACCGGCGCCCCGAGCAGCGGCUCCAUCAUGUUCAGCAUCAUCAAGACAAUGGAGCAGUACCCGCCUGAAGAUCUGGCCGACACCAAUUUAACAACCCACCGCUUCGUCGAGGCCAUGAAGUUCGCCUAUGGAGCGCGGCUCAAACUCGGCGAUCCGGACUUUGUUAAGAACACCACCGAGUAUCAGAAGGAACUGUUGAGCGAUAAUAUGGCGCAUGAAAUCCGCCAGCGCAUCCUCGACAACCGAACGCAACCGGUAGAGGCGUACGAUCCUUUGUCGCUCUACAACCCGGAAAGCCAUGGCACCUCCCACAUCGUCACGGCGGAUGCCUCCGGUUUGACCCUUACGUCCACAACCACCAUCAACCUCCUUUUCGGCGCCCAGAUCAUGACCCCCGACACAGGCAUCAUCCUGUAA